AUGAAUUCGGAUUACUACAGCCCCGUCUCAUCUGAAAAAUCAGAAGAGUCAUGUUACUGCCAUUGUACAAGUUUAGGAGAGAGCAGUGAACACGAUAGUUCUCAGGAAAUAGGACAAUCUUCACAACUCAGCCGAUCAGUUUCAAGUGAGUCUAGCUCCCUCCACACAUCAGUUGAAGUGUCAAAUUACCGUGAGUUGGAUUAUGAGCUGGGGAAAAGAGAGCGUUUGCGAAAGGGUAAGGAGUGUAUCAAUAAGCUUCUCAUUGAAAUCAAUGAAUUGGAGGCAUUAUAUUGUGAAAUUCGUGAAAAUUCCCAAGGCAGUGAUAUUAAAAUGUUCGUAUCUCCAGACGAGAAUGGAGGAUCUAACUACAUCUCUUGCUCGAAUAGUGAUGAAGUGGAAAGUUACAAAUUACCCAGAGAUAGAGGUAGUAGGGACGGAAACGAGCAUAAUCCAAGAUAUAUUAUACAUUUUGAUCCCGAGAAGGAGGAAGUUAUUGAGGUAUACUGUAAAUUGGAUGAAUUUCUGGAGACUAAGUACCUUCGAAAGAAGGUAAAAGAGCUGGAGAUCGCUCUCAAAUUAGCCAAGACGUCAAGUAGUAUUGAUAGCUCACAAUCAACGACCUCAUAA